GCUGAACGCAAACACCACCACCAUGGUCGCCUUCCACACCACUCUCUUCCUCGGACUCAUCUUUGUCUCCACGGUGGCGUCACAAGACCCCUGUGAGACAACCCGAACGCUUCCAAACUUGCAGAGAAGAGGCACGAACAUCAACGUCCCCGGCAACCUCACUAAUGUUCUCUGUGACAGUGACAUUAGUGGAUACUACAUUGUGAAUCAGCAGAUUGCGAGUAUGUUUGUUCCCGCGGGGAGAUGUGGGACGAACGUUCCCGUGUUUGCAACACAGUCUUUAUCAAAUGUCCAGGGGGUGACAGUCCCGGUUUCAGUUUGCUUGAGUAGAGCUACGUCUAACAACAACGUGCUAUGCGCAGACACCAGACAGAUAAAUGCCACCUGGUGCGGGACGCAUUACGUCUAUGGUCUUGUGCCCUUACCCUGUGACAACGACGGCAAUGCUGCCUACUGCAUCAAUGCCAUGACCUCAGGUGAGUUUGAUCCGGUCCCCACACCGCCACCCCCACCAGAGCCGGUUCCAGUUUCAACUGAUCCUACCGACUGCGACUUCGACAACGCAAUGUACCCUCCAUGGCUUGUGCAGUUCCCUCAAGGCGGGGUAUGUGACCGUGAUGUGUCCACGGCAUGUCUAGUCCCAGAGGUUAAACUGUCCUCACGAAAUCCCGUUCUCGCCACUGACAACAUCACAUGUUGCUACCGGGAAAUCUGGGUGGAUGAACGAGGACCUUUCAUUAAGCACACGGUACCUCUUGUGUAUAGGAGCGCCCUACACACAGACUGCAGCACUAUUAUGUGCCCCCUCCCAGAUCUCCCGAUUGCUCCCAUCGAAUCAGUACCAGGUUUCUUGGUCUCAAUCAGCCGAGAUCACGUUUUCUACGGAAACGAGAAACCAUAUGUACCAUACGACGGCCGCUGUUGGACAUGUUCAUUCCCAUACAAUCCGGUUUGCACACUAAAGCCUGAUCACUGUUUUAUCGAGGGCAGGUGUUACAUCAAUGGGGGUUUGCGACCAAAUUCACCGCGGGAAAUAUGUAACCCAGAACAAUCCACUACUGAAUGGUCCAUCAUUGGAAAUGGAUGUGCAGACAAUACCGGACUCACCUAUUUGUCGGGGGAACGACCCACUAAUCCUUCUCUGGCUUGUUUGCAGUGCGUGCCCGAGGUAUCCCAAACACAGUUAACUGUUGUAGACGGUUGCUACAUACAAAACGUUUGUAUUGGUGAAGGUGCACCCCAGUCUAAUUCAAACUGCCUAGUAUGUCGACACGACAAGAACACUACGGCAUACUCCCCGUCGCCAGAUCAUUGCUUUAUAAAUGGAGCAUGUUACGAUCGUGGUCAGCAGUUGGUCGGAGAUACUUGCCAGGGAUGUGACCCGGAUGUAAGCCUGUACAGCUUCUCAGUACUGCCUAACAUGUGCAGGAUUAAUAACAUGUGCUACACCCCAGGUCAACGAAUGGGAGGCUCGUGUCUGGGCUGCGAUCCCCUUGUAAGCCGGGAUUCCCUCUCACCACUAUCUGGUUGUUAUAUCAAUGGCCGAUGCUAUGGCGAGGGUGAGGUUAGUCCCACCAACCCCUGUCGUCGCUGUGAAGGAGGGGAGACCCGUACGAACUUCACGACCAACGUGGGAUGCUUCAUUAAUGGUCAGUGUGUUGCCGAACUUUCCCCCAACCCGCUUGGAGAUUGCCGAGUCUGUCAAAAUGCUGUAGAUGAUGAUGACUAUUCUCCUCCACCGGGAUAUUGCUACAUUGGUGGCCGAUGCUACGCUCGCUUACAGCAGGAAUCAGUUGGGUCGUGUCUGGCCUGUGUGCCAGAAGUCAGCCAGUUCGAGUUUUCAAUUCUCCCAAACAGAUGUUACGUGAGUGGCCAGUGCUAUUUUUCAGGCUUCAGACCACCGUUUUCACCAUGCUUGGAAUGUAUCCCGACAAUCAGCCAGGAUAUACUUUCCCCUUCCAUUGGUUGCUUUAUAAACGGCGAAUGUUAUGCUGAGGGCACUACGGGACCUCAACACUGCCUUCAGUGUAGGAGGGCAGAUGAUCCCACCGACUGGACAGUUACAGCUGGCUGUUAUGUGGACGGCAUUUGUUACAGCGAAAAUCAGGUCAGCGCCAUUGCGCCAUGUCGACGAUGCGAUGAAUCUCAGAACCGAACUCAGCUGACGACUACAGAGGGGUGUUACAUCAACAAUCAGUGUGUACCAGAACUUGCCCCCAGCCCAGAAGGAGACUGUCGAAUCUGUCGUGGUGGUAUUGACAGAAAUGCAUAUUCACCCAGAGCAGGUUUUUGCUUCAUAAACAAUGCUUGCUUCAGUGCGAACACUGCAAUCGGUCGAUUUUGUAGAGGAUGUAAUCCGAUGACGGACCUAUACAAACAGUCAACUCUGCCUGGUUACUGUUACGUGGCAGGCACAUGUUACACUCAGGGUCAGGCACCUCUUGGAUUGGAUUGCCUACAGUGUGUAACGACGAAUCCAGAGGAAUUAACAGUUGUAUCUGGCUGUUAUAUAGACAGUCAGUGCUAUGCAGAGGGUGCCCAAGGCCCUCUGCCAUGCCUUCGAUGCGAUUCGUCACAGAGCCGUACAGAGUGGACAGUCACAAGUGGCUGUUACGUCGAUGGUGAAUGUCAUCCGGAGGGACCAGUUCCUGGUGUUCCGACGUGUAUGCAGUGCAACUCGGUCAUGAGCAAGACUGAGUUCACGAUCCAAGUCGAUCAGUGUUACAUUGAUGGCCGGUGUUAUGCUUUUGAUGAAGCGUCACUGGAUAAUGCAUGUAGCAAAUGCUACCCUGCUGUAAGCAGAACAAGCUUCACAACAACAGGAGGCUGUUCUAUUGGUAACCAGUGCGUUCCUGAAGGUGUGGCAGAAUCCCCAUUAAACUUCUGUCGAGUCUGUGACUCCAGCCUCAACCCAACAGGAUACAGCAUAUCCGAUAAUGGAUGUUUCAUUGGAAAUCGGUGUUACGUAUCUGGCCAGCGCGCCAGCGUCGCCGACUCUUGUCGUACAUGUGCCCCGGCUAUAUCGAAGUUUGAUUUCACAAUUACUGGAGGGUGCAUUAUCAACAAUCAGUGUUUCCCGACGAAUGCCCAGAGUUCCGAUAAUCCGUGUAACCGGUGCAUACCAUCAUCCAGCCUCUCUGCUUUUACACCAAUGUCUGGUUGUGCUGUUGGUAAUACAUGUGUGGACAAUGGUCAAACGAAUCCGGUGAACCUUUGUGAAAGAUGUGACACGAGCAGAACCACCAAUGGCUACAGCCAGACGUUUUACCAAACCAUCUUCUCCAAUACAGUCUCUUGCUUUGCGUUUUGUCAGCAGUUGUCAAGUAUCGCGGCAUCAUUGCAAUUUUUUUGCUCUAGUCCAAAUUCAGUAGACUAUUCCACCUACUGCACCUUGGAAAAUCUCGAGGAUUACAACAACCUUGCCUGUCCAACCACACUCCAAAAUACCCUUGUAAUAAAUUUUUGUUCAAAUCGAGACACACUCCCUGCAGCUACGUCGUUGAGUAAUGCCUGUGCCUUAGGACGAUAAAAUUCUCUUGUAUACGACCUACAUUAUGUUAAACCUGUCUUAAAUUCGUAAUAAAUAUACUCAGUGCAUCCCA